UAAUAAUAUGGAUAAUUCAAAGAAAACAGUUUCCAGACCUAACAUUGUAUUAACCGAUAUCUAUGGUGUCAUAACUUCAUUGAAUUUUAAGAAUGAUUUGAUAAAUUAUAUUAAGAUUAAUGUUUUGCAAUAUUUAACGACAAAUUGGGAAAACAAAAGAAUUAAAGAUAUUAUAAAUAAAUUGAGAGAUCAGACAUCAAUUGAUAGAAGUAGUGGACUCGAUAUACCCAUUAUAAUUGAUAUCAAUGAAUCCAAAGAUAAAGUUAUAAAGUCAGUGAAGGAUAAUAUUUUGUGGCAAAUCGAGAAAAAACACAAACGAUCUCAAACUCAAUUGAAUUUACUCUACGAAAUGAUUUGGGAAGAAGGGAUGUCAAACCUAUCACUUAAGACACACGCUUUUGAUGAUGUGAUCAAAGCAUUUAAUAAGUGGAGAUGUGUUCAGUUUGUUAAGAUAUAUUCAUAUGCUAUGGGAUCAGAUAAAUCACAAAAAUUGUUUCUCAGGUCAUCUAUUAUUGACGGUUUAUCUGAUUAUUUUGCCAAUUAUAUAAACUCUUCGGGUGACAAUACAAGUCAAACACACAAAUUUAAAAUUAUUUUAUCACAAUUACGUGAACCUAAUCCCAAUAAUAUCCUUUAUUUCACCGGUGAUGUCAAAAUGGCGAGAGCGGCCAUUGAAGCCGGAUAUAGGGCUUGUGUUGUACAACGACCUCAUAAUCAUCAGUAUUCUGAAGAAGAACUAAAGGAUUUAUUGACCAUUUCAUCACUCGAUGACAUUGUUUUUGAAGAGGAAGGGGUAAAUCCUGUGCCCUGUUGUUAG